GUUGAAGUCCAGAGAGUUUGGGAUAUAUUCAGCUGACGGCAGAGAACCGAAGAGAAAGAUGUUACGUGUUGCUUUAGGAACAGCUGUUACCGUGGCGCCAAUGGUAAUCUUCUUCCAUGACAAUAUAGGUUUCAUUGCAAAAGUUGAAGGAGCAUCAAUGCAGCCUGCCUUAAACCCAGAAGGUCAAAGAACCUCUGACUAUGUCUUUCUCAACAAAUGGAAAGCUAAGAACCAUCACUACAUCCGUGGAGAAGUGGUCUCACUAAUUUCUCCAAGGAACCCUCACCAAAAACUCGUGAAACGAAUCAUUGCUCUUGAAGGAGACAACAUUCGAACGUUGGGUUACAAAGAAAAAUUGAUUGAAAUUCCCAAAGGUCAUUGUUGGAUGGAAGGAGACAAUUAUCGUAAAAGUAUGGACAGUAACUACUUUGGACCAGUUCCCAAAGGACUAAUCACUGCCAAAGUAUCUCACAUUAUAUGGCCCCCUUAUCGUUGGCAAUCAAUGGAAGUCAUUCACACCAACCACAGACGGGUUCGACCACGCAGGAAAUCAUUACCAUCAUCAUAGCAUCUCACAUCUGUAUAAGUUUGAUGGUUUAUCAGUAGAAGAUAUGUGAAUGACCUGAGGUAACAUUGUAGUAACCUGUUCAUGUUGGUAUCAUUGAACAACAUGUAAAAUAUGUUGUAGUGUUUUUACAUCUUUUGGGAAGUAAUUCUCUGUCUCUAUCCAAUACAGAGAAUAUCACCACUUCUGCUCAUGAUGCUGUUUCAUAACUACAUGAAAUCACACUCUAAAAUAUCAACAAUUACCCAAACUUAUAGUAAAUAAAACAUUAUUCUUGAGUAUGUUCA